AUAUAAUAUGUGACCAGGACCAAACUCGAUUGAACCUUGUAAAACCUACUGAGCGUAGAUACCUAUAGCUGCCUUCUUUCAGGCCUCGUAUAAAGCCCCUAGAUCGAUCACCUGACCUUUUACUAGACCUCCUUCAGCAUCUCGUAUCUACCUGAAGCAAGAUACAGAGUCCGGAUCCCGCAUCCUUUCCACCUCCAUAUCUCUACUACUCCUCAUGGAGGAACAUACGACGAAAGUGCCAUAUCCAGCACGGUCCGACACCGACCCAGCGGCCGCUGACACUGACAUACCUUUCCGCCUGAAAACCGUAAUAUCCGCCCUCCUCACGAUAUGGCGAGAAGGCGGCCCGAACCGCACCUCAGAAACCCAAAUGCGCAAAGAGCUAGAAACUCUUCUUUCGCAUCCAGACGCUGUCCUCGACUUCUUCGACCCCGAUUUCGAACCCCUCAUUCUUCUCUCCGCGCAGGGUAAAGAAAACGACACGCUCUUCAACCUCCUAAUUGCUCACGACCCCAAUGCAGGGCCGAAUCCCGAUUUCCCAGCCCCUAGUAACGAGGUCCUUUUCUGGGCGUCGACGCACGGCCACGCAGGUCUCGUGAUGAGGCUCUUAGAGGUCGAUGGAAUCGACCCUAAUGUAAUGGACGAUGACCAAUACGGCGACGGCGAGACGCCGCUCACGUGCGCAGCAAAUAAUGAUGCGGUCGAUGUAUUGCGCGUGCUGUUGGAUGAUGAAAGAGUUGAUAUCAAUCUCUGCCCCAGCUGGGGAAGGGGUACGGCUGAGGAUGGGAACCGGCCCACGCACACGGCCUUAUGGUGGGCUGUGUCGGCUGGAAAGGAGAGGGCUGCGAGAUUGCUCGUUGAGAGGGGAGCAGCGAUUCCCCGACUUGAAAGUGAGGGGAUGGUGCGCAGAUUGCUUUUUGAGGGUGUGGAGAAGGGGUUGGUGACCAUUCUGGAGAUUGUCCUCAGGUCUUGCCGAGGACGUCGUGAGGCUGCUAGGGCUAGAGGUGAGCGCAGCAGUAACAGCAACAGCGGCAUCGGUGAUCAUAACUGGCUGUCGUGGAGCAACCAUCAUCGCCGGACACUUCUGUCCCUUGCUGCUGAGGGCGGCAAUGUAUCUGUCCUGGAUAUUCUCUUGCGAUACUCUGAGAACCCCUGGGGGGCAUUGAACGUUCCCGACUUACACGGCCGCACCGCGAUAUGGUACGCAGCGUCGGGAGGGCACGAUGAAGCUCUGCAGGUAUUACUGCCUCAUGUCGAUAAUACCCGGGCGAUCGAUUUUAGGGAUAAGGAGGGAAAAGGCGCGCUCGCGGAGGCUGUUGAGCAAUGGACUUCUCGCCGCGAGUACCCUGCGACGCACCGAUCUAUGGCUCUCGCGUGUAGAGCCAAUGUCGUGCGGCUGCUGCUUGGACAUUAUUUUGUUACGACGGAGUCGCUUGGUGGUGAGCAGAUUGAGAUACUUCUGGGACGCAGUGUUAGAGGUGGGUAUGUGGAGAUUGUAGAGGGACUUGCGAAAAAGGAUGCUCGUGUUAAUCGCGGGUCAACGUAUUUUGAUGGAUGCAAUCAGAAGACACUGGUUUCUUGGGCGGAGGAAGGGCGACAUCAAGAGCUGCUUGAUCUAUUGCUGGCGGAGAGCCCCGUGCAGACCAAGUAG